AUGUCGGCUGGCGGCGAACAUCUCAAAGAUGAGGGUUCCAGGCGACAAGUUAUACUGGCCGGCGGUACGGCCGGCCUAAUCUCACGCUUCUGCAUUGCUCCGCUGGAUGUCGUCAAGAUCCGCCUGCAGCUGCAGAUCCAUUCACUUUCCGAUCCGGCCUCACACCGGACGGUCGUGGGGCCGGUAUACAAGGGGACCCUUUCGACAAUGGCUUCCAUUAUGCGCCAGGAAGGUAUCACGGGACUAUGGAAAGGCAACGUCCCCGCAGAAAUGAUGUACGUCUGCUACGGCGCCCUCCAAUUCACCACAUACCGGACAACAACCCAAGCCCUAUCCCAACUCGGCCCAUCAUACCGACUACCACCAUCCGGCGAGUCCUUCAUAUCCGGCGCCGUGGCCGGCGGAAUCGCCACAACUGCAACAUACCCACUAGACCUACUUCGCACCCGCUUCGCCGCCCAAGGGCCCGAACGCGUCUACAAAUCCCUCUACUCAUCAAUCGUCGACAUAUCCCGCAACGAGGGACCGAGGGGUUUCUUCCGCGGAUGUUCGGCAGCCGUGGCCCAAAUCGUGCCGUACAUGGGUCUCUUUUUCACGGCGUAUGAGAAUCUGCGGCCAACCAUGGCCCAGUGGGAAUAUUUGCCUUUUGGCACCGGUGAUGCGGCUGCGGGUGUUGUUGCCAGUGUUAUGGCGAAAACGGGCGUUUUCCCGCUCGAUCUGGUCAGGAAACGCCUGCAGGUUCAGGGUCCUACGAGGACGAAGUAUGUUCAUCGGAAUAUUCCGGAAUAUGACGGGGUUGUGAGGUCUAUCGCUAUGAUUCUGCGGACGCAGGGCGUCAGGGGGUUGUAUCGGGGUUUGACGGUUAGUUUGUUUAAGGCUGCGCCUGCUAGUGCUGUUACAAUGUUUACGUAUGAGCGGGCGUUGAAGUUCAUUCAGGAGAUGGAGGUUGCGAGUUGCGAGGCUUGA